AACGUGAGGAUGUGCCGAUACCACAAUCGAUGUGUUUAUACCUUCAACCACGUGUCAUGAAUGAAUGAUUGUUUACCUGUGUUAACGGGAGGGUUGGCCAGAAAUUGACGUGACGUUCGGCGGUAUAGAUUUCACGGAUGACGUGAGCUUUGGAGCAGCGGAGGCUGAGGGGAGAUCUGAUAGAGGUUUAUAAGAUUAUGUGAGGCAUGGUUAGAAUAGACAGGAUUUUUUUCCCAGGGUAGAAAUGUCUAAUAUCAGAGGGGAUGUACUGAAUGUGAGAGAGGCUAGGUUCAAAAGGGGUGUGAGGGUAAGCUUUUUUACUCAGAGAGUGGCGGAUGAUGGAAUGCGCUGCCUGGUGUGGUGGUAGAGGCAAAUACAUUAGAGAUUUUUAAGAGACGUUUAGAUAGGCACAUGAAUGUGAGGAAGAUGGAGGGAUUAGUUUUCGGCACAACAUUGUUCCUGUGCUGUACUGUUCUACGAAGCUAACAUGGGCAGUUUUUAUUUAAGGUAAUUGAAACGUUAGCUGUUUCUUUCUCCACAUUGCUGCCGAGCUGCAGCAUUUUCUGCUUUUACUUCAGAUUUUCAAUAUUUGAAGGUUUUGGUUUUUAUUCUACUGUUCUUUUCCCUGCUGCUGAAAAAGUGCCCAAAUAUCACGGGCAUCCAGAUAAAGGUGGCGUACCACAACUCCCAGACCGCAUUUGGGCGCUUUGAGGCAGGCGCUCUGGUUAUCCGGGUGACGUGACAGCACGUCAAUAAAUAGCGGCGCUGAGGACAACUGAGCCCAUUGUUACGUAGUAGCGGUACCGAGGAGGGGCUGCGGCAAGUCAGUUUUGCUAACAGUUUUUACUGGCCCCUCUGAUAUGCGCCAGCGCUCUAUCUUCAGGCCAGCAACUGUCUACAUCUUAUUGAUGAGAUUAAUCGUAAAUAUCUGCACCGGUUUAAAAAAAGAGCACUUUAAUUAACACGGAUCUCUUUGGAAAAGGGGUUGUAUAUAUAUUCUCUAACGACUCCUCUGGAGAAAAAGACUCGCCCAGUCAAGCGCCAUUUAAAUCCCCGUACAACUCUAAGUAGGAAGGCAAUUGACGAUUGUAAUCUACACUUAAGGGUGAGAAAUAGAGAUGGCAAUGAGCAGGAGCCUGAAGCGCCGAUUUGAAGAGGUGGAUGGUUCAUCCUUCUGUUCUUCACCCAAGGAAUCAGAUGAUGAUAUCUCCAACAGCGAUAGUGCAGACAGCUGUGACAGCCUCAACUCUCCCAGCUCUCGAGAAAUGUGCCCACCCUCAAUCCUAAAGAAGCAGAAGCUGAUGAGGGCCAAGAGCGUUCGUUUUGACCAAGUCACGGUCUACUACUUCACCCGCCGCCAGGGCUUCACCAGUGUGCCCAGCCAGGGUGGCAGUUCCCUGGGUAUGGCUAGACACCACAGCUGUAUUCGCAGGUACACAUUGUGCGAAUUUGCUGAGGAGCAGGAACAUCUUCACCGACAGAUGCUCCGUGACCACUUGAAAGAGGAGAAGCUUAAUGUACGCAAAAUGAAGCUGACCAAGAAUGGUACGGUUGAGUCAGAGGAGGCCAAUGUGCUCACCAUAGAUGACGUUUCCGAUGAUGACAUUGAUGUGGACAGUAUUGAGGUAGAUGACUAUUUCUUUUUACAACCACUACCCACAAAAAGGCGAAGAGCUUUGUUACGUGCAUCGGGCGUCAACAGGAUUGACACGGAGGAAAAGCACGAGCUACGGGCCAUUCGCUCAUCCAGGGAGGAAUGCGGGUGUGACUGUAGGUUUUACUGUGAUCCAGAGGUGUGUCCCUGUAGCAAAGCGGGAAUCAAAUGCCAGGUGGACAGGAUGUCUUUUCCCUGUGGCUGCUCUAAAGAUGGCUGCGCCAACACAGCUGGCCGGAUAGAGUUUAACCCCAUCCGCGUCCGGACUCAUUACUUGCACACCAUCAUGAAGCUGGAACUGGAGAACAAGCAGCAGGACCUGCAACAGCAGCAGCUGUCACUGUCUGUCUCCCAUUCCCCCAGCGACAGCCACAUGGAAACACAGGACUACCAGGAAUUUGCUGCGGAAAAUUACGACUUGGAGAAUGAGACCGCUGUGAUGCACUUACAGUCUGCUGAGGAGAUGGACAGGAAAAAGGAAGAAGAGGCUGACUUAACCAGUUCUAGUGUAACCAUGGAUACCACUGUAGAAAGCCUAGAAGUAUGUAUAUUAGGAGAUGCAGUAGCUAGUGCCAAUGAAACAUGCCAAGGCCUAGCAACACCAGUUGUGAUCCAAGCAGAAGUGACUCCUGUUUCUCCUGUGUUGUGCUUUUCUGACAGUGCUGUUCAGGAUAACUCGAAGCCUGAGGAACAGACAUAUUUAAGAAACUCCACAGUGUUGUAUUACCAAAUAGACCCAAGCUGUGCUGUAGAUGUGAACUGCAGCGAUAGAGAGGCUGAAUAUGUGCAAGCACCUGUAGAAUCAAGUUACCCAAAGGAAGCCACUGUAGAAAAUUUGGUUGCUGCUGCCGGUAGCUCCUUGGCAUCUUGUGUGCCUGUCACAGAGCACUUUUCUCAAAACACAGGGACCUCCAAUUGCCAUAACAUUCAAUAUCCCUCAAUAGAAGACUGCACUGUGUUAAUAAAUGGCAGUAGCAAUGUUCACACAGAAAAUACUAAGCAGCAGCCCCAAUUACAUUCAAACUUUCAAGAUGGCUGUCUCAGGGCUUCUGAGGGUGAGCUUUGUGCAUCUGAGCCAACUGUGCAGGGCAUGUUUUGCCAGUCUGUAGGUCUGAAGACCCCAGGGGAAACCCCGGCACUGAACCCAGUAACUCUGUAAUCAGUUUCUGUAGCCAGUUUGCACAAUUGCCUGUAGCUUUUUGCUGAUUUAAAUGUUUAUUUAUUUAGGUUUUUUUAGUAAAACACAAAAAAAUAAAAACAGUGGAAGAUCGAAGUUAGGGUUUUUUUUAAAAGAAAAGGCGGAGGAUUUAUUCAAUCUGGAUUCCAACAAAGACUCUCCUCUUUCUGAUUACCCGUAAAAAUGGAGGUAGAAGAUGAAUGUAGACUGCAGCAGCAUGGUUUUGAAAUUGUGAAUUAGAGUGGGCAAAAUUUGGUCCCUUUUUUUUAAAGAAACAUUUCUUUAUCCCCUUGGUCACGCACACACACUUCUGAGUAGUGGUUUGCGCCUGUGGAACGAAUGCUUCAAAUUAAUUUUGCUUUUAAUUUCAAGCCUUUUCCAGCAUCAGUGAGUUAUCUGGUAUUCCUCUGACAGAGCCACCAUUGCUCUUGGCUCCCCAGUAGAUUAGAGCAAUUUUGUUCGAUAAUUUCCCCAAAGAGAAUAUGUAGUCUUGAAUGGAAUACUGUCUAAGGCAAAAAGAGGCAGUUCAAAAUAUAGGGACCAAAUUGGGGGUUUCUAAAAUGAGCAUAGCCAAGCUUUUAAUUGUAAACUGUAUGCUUAAAAGAUCCUGAGUACAGUCACCUGCAUGUUGGCUGCACUAUGUUGGAUUGUACAGAAGUUGGUUCUUGUACCUGUCACCUUAAAUGUCACCAUUCUACCCAAUGGUUCCUUGUUGCCCUGUUGCAUGCUGAUUAAGAGGCAUUGACUGAGAAAGUAUUUGAUAACUUUCUUUUGAAAGGGACGGCUGCUGAUAUCAAAAUUCACCCAAGUAAUGCAGUGUUUGAACAGUGUGUAUUUGAAGGAUGCUUUUAUUUUGUUUGAACACUCUAUUACAUGGAGAUAGUGCCCCCCUUUUGAAUUUUGUUUAAACUUUCAUUGGCACAGAAUCUAGAAAUAUGCACACUCUAGUGCUGGAUUCACACUCUUAAAUCUGCUUUGUGAAACCCAAAUCAGGAUCUGCAAAGUACUUUAAAAUGUCCUCUUGGUGAGUGGAUGGUAUUUAUGAAAAAAUUGCAAUUGCAUUUCUCCUGCCAUUUCUGAUUCUACCAGUUAAGGGAAAUGUAUUUGCCCAUUUCCCUGAACAGUUCACAACUUGUGUAUACACAUACAAAAACCUAAUCCACCUUUGGCCCUGUGCAGCCAUGGAGACCACUUUGGUUGUAGCUUGAUGCUUAAACUUGUCUCUGCACAAUGUGGUCAUUUGUAAAUGUGUGCCAAUGGCAGACCAGUGCUGGGCUUGGCUAUUCAUCAACACAAUGCUCUGUGUUGAGAGUCUGUCUCUCAGUCUUUUCAGAAUAGCUUAUCUCUUCAUACCCUUUUAACCUAAAAUUAAAACCUGCAAUGAUCAUUUUGCGGUUUCUGUUUGGGAGGAUGAUUGUGUGCACAGCAAUGUAAUGUCAUGGUGUUAGGGUGGGGAAGAGUGUUCUAUGUGUGAAGGGGGCCCAUUGUUUUCCACAGUGAGGGGGAAUCCAGGGUGAGAUUUGCAGCUUGGUUGUGUCUCAGAAUCCCUAGGCUGCCCUGGUGUUGGUGGAACCCUGUGAAUGGUGCAAUGGAAGAGAAGAAAAUUGACUCCCAAUCUUUCCUUUUCUUGAAGAAAAUAUCAUAUCACCUGACCUUGAGUGUUGCGUGUGUUAGUCAUGAUAUGUAUUUACAUGUAACAACUCCAUAAUAGCUGUAGCAUUCUUAUCUUGUACAGUAGCUGUUGGGUAUAAUGCUUUCUCUGUUCUCUGCCUUUUGCACCAGAAAUUUCUUAAACCCUCACCAUUCCCUUCCAAAAACAACACUCUUAUUGAAGAGGAGAUGAGUGACUAAGCAGGUAAUGUUUCAACAAUGUAACCUGAUUCCCUCCAUGAAGAGAGGCUGAGAUUAAUGCUGUGCAAGAGCAGCCUUCUAUAGUCUAGCAAGUCAGUGCAUGGAGGGAAGAGGUUUGGGACACUGUGAAUUUGCUGCUUCGCAGGUCUUGGGAGGUGAUCUUGUUGAGGAUGAAACAGCUUCUUGUCUGUGGUGCCUUUUCAUUUCUUGCUUGCAAACCUGUUUUUGUUGUUUAGUUUGUAUUGCACAUCAGGGCUUUAAAUACCAUAAGAUCUCUCAACUUCACCUGUAGUUACUUUUCCUGUUUUUAUCAGGAUUCAAUUUCAUUAAUUGCAUAUACACACAUUUGUUUUCUUAGUUAACAAAUUUCAUGACAUAUGCUGGUGAUGUUAAUUCUGAAACUGAUUUGGUUUUUUGACAAGUGUUGCCCAUCCCCAAUUACUUUUGAGAAGGUAGGGUUGAAUUGCCUUGAGCUGCUGCAGUCCUGAAGACUAGUGAAAUUGUAGGAUUAAGACCCAGAAAUUAAGGGGUCGUGACAUAUUUCCAAGUCAGGAUGGUGUGCAACCUUGAAGGGAACCUGCAGAUGGUAGCAUUUCCUUGUACCUACUCUCCCCGUUCUAGGUGGGAGAGGGGAGGAAGUGGAAGUCUUUGCAAGUUGCCAGUAACUUGUAACCAGACCACACUGUAUUGUUAGAUCAAGUUCAGAUACCAGCUGAAGUGAUUAUUUACUUAUCCUCUUGUUGCUUUGUCUGUCCUUCAUUAAGAGGAAAGUUGUGUGUGUGUAUAUGUGUAGCCAUGUUUCAUAAUGCUAAUGCAAUAUUGGCAAGUGGGAAGAAGGGGUUAGUUUUAUUUUAACUAGAAGGGUGAGUGGGUAACAAGUGCAAGCAUACUCUCCUUUUGCACAUGUGCCUCAGUGCCCAGGUACCUGUUUUCCAGAUACAAGAUUGUUGAAUGUCAUCUCCUGUACACAAGUGUAAGGAGAACAAAAUAAUUGUUACUCCAGAUCUGAUACAGCACCAAAAAAGAAACACAGGCAAAGAAUACAAUAAUUAAAAAAAACACCAUAAAUAUAAAUACAUGAUAGCUUAUAUACAUUGAUUGUAUGUCCAUAAGGUGACUGAUGGGAAAUAAUGUAGUGGUGGAGUUGGUGGGUGGAGGUGUUGGGGAAAAGUAACUGUUUUUGAGUGGUGGUUCUGGCAUGGUUGCUAUGUAGACUCCUUCCUGAUGGUAGUGGGACGAACAGUCCACGAGCAAGGUGUGUGGGAUCCUCCAUGAUGUUACUGGCCCUUUACCAGCACCUUUCUGUAUAUAUGUCCUUGAUGGUAGGUAGGCUGGUGCCGGUGAUGAGUUGGGCAGUUUUGAUGACCCGUUGUAGAGGCUUCCUGUCUGCCGCAGUGCAGUUUCCAUACCAUGCAGUGAUGCAGCUUGUUAGGGUGCACUCCACUGUGCACCUGUAGAAUGAUGAGUAUAGAUGUGGAAAGUCCGGCUCUCUUCAGCCUGCUCAGUCAGGAAAGGUCACCAAUGCCUCUGCUUUCUGUGUAGAAUGUGUUCUGUGACUGAGAGGUUGUGUGUGAUGUACACUCUCAGAAGUUUGAAACUGUUUGUAGUUUCCACUGCUGUGCUGCCAAUGUAAAGUGACGCGAGUUCUCUUGAAUUUGAUAACCAUCUCCUUUGUCUUAUUGACAGUAAGGAAGAGGUUAUUUGCUUGACAUCAGGUCUUGAGCUCUUCCACCUCCUCUCUGGAGAUUACCUCAUCAUCGUUGGUGAUGAGCCCCACCACUGUCAUCAUCAGUGAAUUUAACGAUGCGUUUGGCCCUGCAGUCAUGAGUGAGCAGAGUGUACCACAAUGGGCUUAGCAUGCAUCCUUGGGGGGCACCCGUAUAGAGGAUGAUAGGGAGGGACGAGCAGUUCUGCAUCCUGACUGUUUGUUAGGAAGUUCAACACCCAAUUGCACAGUGGUGUAUUUAGACCGAGGAGUAAAGUGUUUGUUCACUGAGGUCUGUGGGACAAUAGUGUUGAAUGCCGUACUGAAAUCCAGAAAAUGGCAUGUCAGGGUGUCAAGGCCAUGUGAAUGAUAGAUGCUGUGGCAUCUGUCGUAGAACAGUUGUGUCGGUAAGCAUAUUGAUGAGUGUCCAAUGUGGCAGGCAUGAACUUUAGGAUAUGUGCCAUUAUCAGCCAUUCAAAGCACUUCAAGUAUGUGAUCUCCACCUGGUUGCUGUGAAUUAAAAGCAGUGAUCCCAGCCCUGGUGUCCAGGCACUCUGCAAUACUUUCCCCUCACCUUAACUCUCACUUUGGCUUCCCAUCUGCCAACUUUUCACUUAUCAGUUCCUGAAUUUAAAUAGAGCUCCCUGUUCUACAGAGCAUUGCCAGUGGUUUUUGGAAGUCUGCCUCUACCCAGGAUGGCAUAGAAGGAGGGAGGAAAGUUGCUUUAUCUGGCCCUAACCCUGUGUGAAGGAAAUAUAUUGAAAUUUGGAUCUAGAUUUCAAGUCAAUUCACUUUUUAUUGUCACUUUGACCAUAACUGCUGGCACAGUACACAGUAAAAAUGAGACAAUGUUUUUCAGGACCAUGGUGUUAUAUGAAACAGUGCAAAAACUAGACUGAACUACGUAGAAACAAAAAGCUACACUACACGACAGACCUACCCAGGACUGCAUAAAGCACACAAAACAGUGCAGGCAUUACAAUAAAUAAUAAACAAGACAAUAGGGCAGUAAGACGUCAGUCCAGGCUCUGGGUAUUGAGGAGUCUGAUAGCUUGGGAGAAGAAACUUGCAUAGUCUGGUCGUGAGAGCCCGAAUGCUACAGUGCUUUUCCCCAGAUGGCAGGAGGGAGAAGAGUUUGUGCGUGGGGUCCUUCAUAAUGCUGUUUGCUUUGUGGAUGCAGCGUGUAGUGUAAAUGUCCAUGAUGGCGGGAAGAGAGACCCCGAUGAUCUUCUCAGCUGACCUCACAAUCCGCUGCAGGGUCUUGCGAUCCGUGAUGGUGCAAUUUCCGAACCAGGCAGUGAUGCAGCUGCUCAGGAUAUUCUCAAUACAACCCCUGUUGAAUGUGAUGAGGAUGGGGGGUGGGCGAUGGACUUUCUUCAGACUUCGCAGAAAGUAGAGACACUGCUGGGCUUUCUUUGCUAUGGAGCUGGUGUUGAGGAACCAGGUGAGAUUCUCCGCCAGGUGAACGCCAAGAAAUUUGGUGCUUUUAAUGAUUUCUACUGAGGAGCCGUCGAUGUUCAGUGGGGAGUGGUUGCUCUGUGCCCUCCUGAAGUCAACAACCAUCUCUUCUGUUCACAUUGCCUAGAUUUGCUAAGGAAGUCCUGAUGAACCUGGUCCUAAUGCAGAUAGGCUGGUGGGAGAAGUCCUCAUACCAGCCCCAAACAAGGACAAUUUGAUGGGGAUGGUCUUUAUCUUAUUCUAAUGACAAUUUGGCGACGGCAGUCUUUGUGUACCUGCUGGUAAUCCAGAAUGGAAUAGAGGUGCUCAAUUGACAUUUACCUACAAAUGACAUCUUUGUAUCAGGAUAACCAUAAAUCCUUGAAUUGUCAUGGGUGUUCAUGAUUACCUGACCCUGAGAAUUCUUUACAUUUUUUUCAACCCUGGUCACAUUACAAAUCUAAAUUUUAAAAUCCACUCCAGUAGUAAAGCCUGUAAAUUGCAACUUGGAUGCAUCCUCUUGUACUGUGUGUAACAGCUUGAUUUAGUCAUUCAGGUCAUAGAAUUGAAAGCACACUGCAAGGAGCAAGAUGGUGAUCUGAAACUAUGAAAGGCUGUGCUCAAAUCUAGUUGCAUUUUGCAUCUGAAAGGCACCAUUUAAAAAAAAAAAUUAAUGUAUACUUUUUUUUGUUUUCUGGUCAUUCGAUUUGUCCACUGAAAGUAAUGAAGUAUCCACUUCUGUCUGAAUGAGUGGCUGUCAGUCUGUGUUCUCUUUUCAUCUUAUUAUCUCAGCAUGGUACUUAUUCUAAGCCACUGGGCUUAUCGCAGAGAAAAGAAAGAAUCUAGAUUGUCCAUACCUGUUCUACAUUAAUUUUACAGAGCUAUUCAAAUAUCUUUACUUAAAUCAGUGUGCUGUUUCAAGUUUGCUCUCAUCUCUUUUAAAUAGAUCCAGUUCCAUUUAAUAAAAAAUGAACUUCCUCUCCUCCCUGACCUCUGCUCAGAAUGCUCUUUGGGCCCUUGAGGACUGUAUGAACAGUCUGACAUACUCGGCAUUCUUUCCUUGUGCCUAAUCACUGCUGUUACACAGGGUCACAGUUGGACCUCUGCCACUGCACAGUUCCACAUGCCAUCAGCCUCCCCGCUUAGCUCUGAAGCUGCAGUGUGCUCGCACUGAGUCCAACCUUCACAAAGAGCCAAAUGCUCUGAGUUCAGCACCAUUACAGUGUGGCAGCAAGGGUCUGGAGAAGGCUUGGCACACAGCUCUGACCAUGACCCUGCAAGAUGUCAAGGAGAGGAUCUCAUCACUUCCCUACCAUUUCCAGGGCUGUGUGCAAUGUUACUUUGAUCAAAUUUAGUCCAAUUUCAGAUGUGUAGCAUGAAGCUGCACUCCUAAAGACCACUACUGCACACUUUGAUGGACUGAAUCUUCUGUUGAUUAAAGAAUUACAUAGAAGGGUGGGCUUGUCACCCCGACUGGCUGUCGAUCUUUGCUUUUGAAAUUACUGACUCUUUCAUACAAUUCCCAAAUCUGGCAUCUGCCUCAAAUAAUAUUCAACUGAAACUGAAUUGUUUGUUUGAAAUAACUGGGGCAGUCAACCACCUGUGUGGAGUUAAAGCUACCGUUGGCUUGAUACCUUUUUUUUUGAAAAGCACUCUGGUUAAUGCCAGACUAAUAUGUGGGGAGUUUAUUUAAAUAUAUUUGAGUCUUGUGAAUUAAGUAUAAAAAUGUAAUUUUUUUGUUUAAACACUACAUACUGACUAGCUACUAGCACUGAUUGGUUUAUUUAUAAGGAAUUGUUUGAAAAAGCUGAGUGCAUGAGAAAUCCUGUUUUAAACACUGUGUAUAUAAUACUGGGAUCAAUUUUAUUUUUAAAAAAGUAUGAAUAUAUGAUUGUGAUUGAAGCUGAACAGAUGCCAUGUUUGCGAGGGUUAGAGUGUAAAAGGAGUGCAGCUAAAUGUGGCUCACAAUUUGCUCAGUCAGAAUAAGAAUGGAUUCCUCGCUGCCUGCAUUACAUUGAGGGAACAAGACAGAUGGAUGAAAAAUUACCCUGACUGGCCAAACUCAUCUGAAGGCAAUAAGUUUAGCCACUGUGAAAAUGGAAUAUUAUCACAUUAGACACAGUUGUUCUGUGGCUGAAAUUAAACAGUGUUGUAAAGAUACUGUCCGAGCAAUGUUAAUCCUGCAUUUAACUCUAAGUUUGGAAGUGCUUGAUACUAAUAUAUAGUGCUCAAAAAGGAAAAUGAUCUGCAUUGGGAAUUCACUAAGAUGUAAGAACAGGCGCGUAAUGGAUGCUGCUUAUUCAAAGCAAGGCCAGCAUUUAAUGCCUAUGUUAAGUGCGGUUGAAAGGGAGUGUCUUGCCACUGCAGAGGGCAGUUAAUAGUUGAACCAUAUUGCUCUAGGUCUGGAGUCACAAAGAUCAGACUAAGUAACGAUGGCAGAUUUUCUCCUGGAAGGAUAUUAGUAAACCAAAUGGAGUUAUUGCCGUUUUAAGCAAGUGGUCUAAGUUUUUGGAGCUGGGGGAGAGGGAGAAGUAACUUUGAUAAUUUUUUUAAUCCAUAGUUGUCACUGUUGCACUUUGUUAGUGGCCUUGUGACCAGUUCGUUGCAAAUCUAUCUGUAGAUACUGUACAUAGAGCAGAAUAUUUCUCACUGCUGCCUCCUUGAGGAGGAAAUUAAUCUUACAAAUGGAGGAGAAAAUAAUUAAGGCAAAUAAUUUGGCCUGGAGGUCAAGGAGAUGACCAGAACAAAUCAAAUCAUUGGGUCCCAGCUGCUUCAACAGUGCACAACUAUGGGAAAAGCCAACUGUUUGGAGUGCACUAUGACUUGGAACGUGAGGGGAGUAACUGAUCCUGAACUGCUGUAAAGUGGUCUUGCAGGUCAACUCCCCCAGUUGGUGAGGCAGGAGGGAAAGCAAGAGUCUGCAGAGGGUUUUCAAUUUUUAUUUAAUGGAUGUGUGAAGGAAGUGUCACCGCUUGUAACAUGGUGUUUCUGCCACCACUGGGACUUUAUACAGUAAAUGCAAGCACUGUGCUGUUAGGGCAGCAAAGACAGAGCUACUUUGUAAUGUAGCUGCACAGAAGAUUGGAUCAUGUUCAGAUUACUACCCUGUAUUCAAGUGCUCUGCAUUAGAAGCUACUGCAAAGCAAGUGUACAAGUUGCUGACAGUUUUUAUGUAGCAGCCUUCUGCAUUGUACCAGUUGCUUAUAUAUAGAUAAGAAAAUGCACUAACAUGCAAAUUACACACCAUGUUUUAUAGUAAACCUGCAGGGCCAAGAGGUGAAAUUGCCUCUCCUUUUUAAAAAGUUGCUGAACUAAGUUGCUUCAAAAUAGUUUUGAUGCCAGCUGUCACUCUGUGACUGACCACAAACUAUUGUACUGAUGGAGAAAGUAAAUUGACAUUAAGUCUGUAAUUUACAGGGUGGGCAUACUCAGUGCUUUUAAAGUGACCAAGAACUGAAGUAUUUAUGUGAACAAAUGCAAACUGGUUAGGUCUAAGUUGCUUCAUGUUGAUUUGUUCUAUGUUGGUUGUAAUCCUACUUGUUUCUCUUCUCUGCCCUACCCCUUAACUGUAAACGAGUCACAUUUUGCCCCCAAACCAUAAAUAGGCAUGAAAGCGCACAAACAUCCCUGCACCACUUCCACUGCAAUGCAUCUGUUAUGUCGCAAAGUUGUAGUCUUGACGCAAAUUACAACAUUGAGUCGAGCGGCUGGCAAACACAGCAAAAUGUUUCUUUUCAAUAAAGGCCCUUUGAACCAAUUUUGCAAAGUGGACUUUCUCUGCCCCGAGUGGUUUGUGUAGUGUGCUAAUGGUAUAUUUGUGGAUCUGGAUUAAAUGAGACUCAAAGCAAAAGAAAUUAUUUGGCACUUCCCAUAUGGUCUCUACUCAAUUCUGCGAGCAAUAGUUUUCUUCUACUACAGUUUGUAUCUUCUGUUUCAGCACCGGAAGGUUGUGGAUUCAAGUUCCACUCCAGAGGCUUGAACACAAACUCUAGACCAGCACUUCCAGUACAGUGCUGCAGGAUUGGAGCGACAAUGCUAAGGAGUGCUGAAACACUGAGGAAAUGCUGGGAGAAUUGUGCUGGCAGAAGGCAGUGCUGAGAUGUAUUGGGUUUCUGGAGGGUCAUUACCAAUGCAGCAUCGCAAUUUUAGCAAGUGCUGUUUGCUGCCAGCCUUCUUGGGUGGAUGUAAAAGAUUGCACAGUACUCUUAAGAGCAGGGAUGAUCUCCCUAUUCUCCUGCCCAAUAUUAAUUCUACAACCGACAACUGGGAGCAGAUUAUCAAACAUUAAUUCAUCGCUGAUUAUUUGUCUCCUUCACUUAGUGGAUGAAUGUGUGAAAACCCUAAGAGUUUGCUCUGAAGGAGAUAAACCUUAGCAUGGGAGGUGGUGGAGGGGGGAGCAAGGCAGCUAUUCAUGGUAUCAGCAAGUUGAAAAGAAUGUGAGAGAUUGCCACAAGCUUGGAACUGUAACAUAAAGAAGAACAAAGGGCAUUGAUUUGGUUGCUUUCCACAAGGUUGUGCCUUAUCAGUAAACAUUUGGUGGGUGAUUAUUUUAUUGGACCAAUGAGGGAGUACGACAUCUUGCCUGGCAUAAUGUCAUAUACUCCCACAUUUGGCUAAUAAUUACAAUUUUUGUUAAAGCAAACUGCUGAAAGGCUUGUUUAUAAAGACCUUAUUCAUUUAACUUUAGAUAGUAUAUCUCUCCUCUCUGUUUUCAGUCAGAGCCAAAUUUGAGCUACUUCAGUGCUUGUGAUUAAUUGCAGAUAACUGCUGCUACUAGUUGGUCAGGUUAAAAGGCUGCAUACCAACAUGAGGUAUUGUAAGGUUGCCAGUCAACAUUAAAAGGAAAAGUUAUACUCCUUGAUGUUUAAGAAUGCAGUGUUAGACUUCCUCUAAUUAUGUCCCAAAUGCCAACAGUCCCUUCAAACAGUGGUCUGUGUUGACAAUAAGCACAAAGCAAUUAUUUUUGUCAUCUGGAUCUAAUGCUCAAAUGUAACUCUCUUCUGCAUUAAAGCCAUGUUGGUUGAUCCCUUUUUAAAAAUCCAAACGGGGCUACUAAAGUUUCAGAUUACAGUUGUCAAUAUUAACAAUGUCAUCAAAUAAACUGCCACAGUGAAAGACUUCUAACAAAAUUAAUCCAAAAUUCAGUGGAGUUGUAUCAAAGCUGCCAUUGGUGAUGGUACAAAAAAACAUUUAAAGUAUCGAAUAAUUUGGUUAAAUACUAGAGGAAUAUAAGAAUUUAGAAUCUGAUGUAAUCUCAGUUUUUCUAACUGAAUGUCUUUUCAGGCUGUCAUAAUUCUUUGUAGAAAAUGAUUAUUCAGAGGGGUAAUGUAUUCUGUUCACUAUCCAAUAUCAGGCAAGAUAAUGCAGUUUCUGCUUUAUCUCAAUGGAGAAUUUCAAACCAAAAGUCAACUGAAUCAUAGUGUUGCUCAUAGUAGAGCAGCUAAACCUGUGUUUUAUAAACACUGCAACACUAGUCUGUGAGGCAUGAUGUAUUAUUUUGCUGCUAAAGUGUACAUGUGCAUAAAGUGGUACAUCCCUUUAAGAGCCUGUGGCUGUGCCUUAUUGGGUCAGUUAACAUUGAUUGCUCUAAAGCAAAUCUUGAGGUCAUCUGGAGGCCAGAGAAGUAAGAUGCAAUAUUUAUAUUAAAUGAUACUGAUUGGUGUAAACCUGUUACAUUGAGAUUUUUGCAUUCAUUUCAUGUAUUUUGUAACCACUUACAAUGUCAUCAACAGAAGAGUAUGGGGCUUUCACUCCAUCAAUUUGUAACUAGUGCACAAGCACAGUAAACAGCCUGUCAAAACUGGGGUUCAAUCUCACCAUUUUGGUGGAUUGGUGACUUAAAUGAAUAGCAGUAUUUAAUGAUUACUACAGUACCCAGAAUGGAGUAAUACAUAAACUGAGCAAAUUACAUUGUCACAUUCUGUUCCAUAAAUGAACAAGCACAGUAAUGUAGGAUUUGCCUUUUGGAUAAUUUGUGGGCUGGUUCCUGAAUCACAUUGGUUGAAAGCAUAGGCAAAUUCAAUCUAAUACAAUUGUCACUCUAUCUUCCAUGCCCACUUUGUCAGUAGUAAACAACAUGUGCUACUGAAGAUGGAAUUAAGUCUUUGUGAACUAAGGGCUAAAGAGCAAACUCCAGUCUCUUCCCAGAAUCAAUUAACCUAACUACAUCAGAACUGUGCUCAAAGUUAAGCAGUGCAGACUGAAGUGGGAUACCCAACAUUAAAACUCAAGCUUAGUAUUACUAUAUACUUCACUCCUUCACUGGGCCUCAGUGAUAAAUAAAUACUCUCUGGAACAUCAGUCAAUGAGAUGUAUAGAUAUUGAAUAACUGUGAAUGUAAGCUUUAAACAUGACUCCUGAAACUCCCUGGUACAUUGUUUCAAAAGCUGCAUAAAAUGGCCAAGAAAAACUAAAUUUAUAAGUUCAAUUCAGACUUAAAAGCAGCUAUAAAUAAAAAUGGAAGUAAGUUCUAUUACAAUAAACAGGCAGCAUUUGAAUCUAAUCUUGACCAGUUAACUUUUAGAUCUACCUUUUCCUUGCCCCAACAGCUGCAUCAUGCUAUGUUGAAGGGACAUUUUGAAGGCAAACUUAUCAUCUGCACAGAAGCUAUAAAAUGACCUCAAACAUCCACUGGUUCAGCAUUUAUAAAAUGUGAUUAAUAUAGCAAAGUAUCUCAAAGUACUUCACAGGCAUAGUAGUGGUUAUAUUUAACACCAGGUCACUUGGGAGGCAUUUUUUUUAAAGUUAAUGUUGGAACUAUGCAGUAGCUCAGGCCAUAUAGGAACAAUAUUUCUGUUCCAUGUCACUGACUUUGAGUUCUGAUGAAAAGUUAACUCGUGAUAGCUGUAUGAUGAACAGCAUAUUUCUAACAGUUGCUGAUUUAAUUUUCCAGCAUCCAAAAUG